AUGUUGUCGAGGACGACCGGAGAUGUUGUUAAAUCAAUGGCGACGAUGGUAUUCAACACAGACCUGUGCCCCAUGCUGCCACUUGUGACAUCUGCAUGCACCAUCAUUAGCACAAGUGCCAAUACUGUUGCAUCAACAUUUGCUCAAAACUAUAUGAUGCAGCAGAUGAAGAAUGCUAGAAUCACACUAGUAGAGGUCAAGACCAAGGGCCACCUACCACAUCUUACCGCCGGAAAGAUGGUUGCGAAGCACAUCUCAGAUGUCAUUCAUGAGUGCCAUGAAAGAACUGAGCCAUUAACUUCCAUACCUCCUAGCCUAUUGCCUUCGUAUGAUAGGCUGCGUGAAGAGAUUAGGGUACUUAAAGAAGAAAACAUGUUGCUGAAGAGAGAGAACGAAGCUCUGAAGAAGCCAGCGAUUGAUGAGACCACCAAACUGGCAACGGUGUCCCGGCCAGGUGGUGGAAGCCAUGAAUCAUCACCAGGCAGCGGAGGUUCUUGA